AUGGGAGACAGCGAUGACGAUUUGGAUCGGAGGAGGCGGGACAAGUUCAGGCGGGAACGCAGCGACAUGGAAAGGUCACGAGAGCGCGAGGAGAGGAGGAGAGACGACUGGCCCGACAGGGACUGGGACCGUGGCCGCGAGCGGAGGCGGGACUAUGACCGCGGCCGCAGAGAGAGGUUUUCUCCGCCCAGACACAUCAGCCCUCAGCACAAACGCAUGAGGAGAGAAUGGGACGACCACAGGGGGGAGCCGUACCGCUACGACCUGCCAUACGGAGGCGGCGGGGCUCCAUUUCCAGGGGCGGGGCCUCAGGGCUGGCACCCAGAUUUUCCUCACCUUCACCCACAUGAGGUUCAAGUUAGAACACACCUGUGCACAUCAUCUGGCUCUCUGCUAACCUCCUUCAUGUGUUUGCAGCUGUGUCGCAGAUACGCAGGCUUCCUGCGGGUGGCGCUGUCGGACCCUCAGCCCGAGAGGAGGUUCUUCAGGCGCUGCUGGGUGACCUUUGACCGCAGCGUGAACAUCAAGGAGACGUGCUGGAACCUGCAGAACAUCCGGCUCAGAGACUGUGAACUCGCUCCGGUGGUGAACAGAGAUCUGUGCCGGCGGGUUCGCAGCGUCAACGGUCUGACGCACCACAAACCGGUGGUGAGGAACGACAUCCGACUGUCGGCCCGACUCGUCCACAGCCUGGACCAGAGAGGGGAGCUGUGGACCGGACAGAUGGAGACCAACCCCAUCCUGAAGAACAUCACAGAUUACCUGAUAGAGGAAGUCAGCGCAGAGGAGGAGGAGCUCAUCGGCGCCUCUGGGUUCAACACCGAUGACGCCGGUGACGCCAAGGACCCUGCCUCCUCUGACGUCACCUUGGAGACAGAUGAUAAGCUAUUGAAGGUGCUGGACCGCCUGCUGCUCUACCUGCGUCUGGUUCACUCUGUUGAUUAUUAUAAUUUCUGUGAGUAUCCCGCCGAGGAUGAGAUGCCACACCGCUGCGGGCUGAUCCACGUUCGAGGACCCCUGCCUGUGGGCAAGAUCACUGCAACUGAGGUGAGUGAACACCAGCGGAUGUGCGAGGAGCGCCUGGCUCCGCUGCUCUCGCCCUCUGAGACUCUGAGUGAGGAAGAAGCGACCAGGCUGGGGAAGAAAGACCCGGAACAAGAGGUGGAGAAGUUCCUGUCGGCCAACACUCAGGAGCUCAGCAAAGACAAGUGGCUGUGUCCUCUGAGCGGGAAGAAGUUCAAGGCUCCCGAGUUUGUGCGCAAACACAUUCUCAACAAGCACGGCGAGAAGGUCACUGGUGUCCGGCAGGAGGUUGAGUUCUUCAACAACUUCUUGUUGGACGCUAAAAGACCUGCCCUGCCUGAGAACAAGCCCCUCCCACCGCCUUCACCAGCCGCUCCUCCGGGUUUACCAGGAUUUCCCGGACAGUCGCCGCAGCAGCAGAGCCUUCUGGGAUAUCCGCCUGGAGUCAGACCACCCAUGCCCGGUUUCCCAGGUGGCGCACUCCACCAUCCACCAAACCAGUUUGGAGCUGGGCGGGGUAACUAUGACAACUUCAGAGGUCAUUUAGGAGGCGGCGGGGGGUUUUCUGGGAAACAGCGAAACAGCAGGGGCAUGCGAGGCGACCCUCGCUCCAUCAUCGAGUACAGAGACCUCGACGCUCCGGACGACCUCGACUUCUUUUAAGCACCAGAAGCCCCAAGAUUGUUUUUUU